UAUGUUAAACUAAUUAGAAAACGUAGUGUAACGAAACGUUGAUUGAUAUGUCAAUGAACUCGCGUAGUUCAUUUGCAGUUUUUGAUACAUGCAGUUUUAAGUCACUAAACAUUUGGAGUUUUUUAUUAUAUGCAAUUAAUAAGUGCUUACAUUAACAGUGUAAUCAAUAUUCUUAUAUAAUAUUAGUUGAUAUUAAUGCAGUAAAUCUCCAUUUCAUACUCCAUCGGAAUGUGAAGUGUUUGUGUUUUGUAAAUGUUUUGUUUAGCAGCUAAACAAUGCUACUAACAAUUUGUUUGGGAUACUCGCUACAAAACGUAGUAAUUUGAUCAUCGUGUUAACUCUCGAUAGCGGAAGAACCGGACGAAAUGAUGGAAGCAUCUUCGUCCCGAUUUACCGCAGCGGAGGGUGGUGCCCGCUUGGCCAUGGCUGCCCACCAUAAAAAUAUAUUGGCUGUUGAAUACGCUUCCUUUAUAGCGACACGGCUUAUACAUGAAGAUGCUUAUAAGAUAAGAGGCUCGCUGUUCGCUGGAAAACAGAGAUCAGUUUACGUAACCAGGAGUUCACGGGUACCUUGCGUCACGUAUGAGCUGAACAUUAUGACAGAUCUGAAAGUGGUGGGGGCGGCCGCGGUGGGCGAUGUUUACGAUUGGUACGCUGAGUUGGAUAGCAAAGAGGUUCUGGUGUGCACAUCUUCCGUCCUGAAGCAUAUCUUGGACGAAGAGACACUGACCAUGGACAAUAUAAACGUCUUGAUUGUUGACAGCUGUCAUCUUGUGUGGAACGAUCAACAUUUACAAUGUAUUAUGAAGCUUUACAAAGAUUGCGUAAUAGAUAGAAGACCUAGAAUAUUGGCUUUAACAUACCCUUUGUUUACACCAAACAAAUAUGAAUUAGACGAUAAAAUGUCAAACGAAAAUUUUGAUAACAGUCAGGAAAGAACAACAAAAGUAGAAAAGCAAAAUAAAGAAUUGGAUGGAAACGUAACUGCAGAAGAAGAAGAUUUUAAACAGGAAGAAGAAAAAGUAGUGAUAGAAGAUACUGAUAAAGCAAUCAAUGAAAAAGAUGAUGAAAUAUUAACCGAAGUUCCUGAUGUAUCAAUGAAUGAUAAAGAUGAUAGUGUAAUAAGUGAAAAUAAUGAAAAAGCUUUAGUUAAAUUUGAAAAGAAUAAAGUCGGUGAAGUCGAUAUAAAUUGUGCAAAUAAUGAAAAAGCUUUAGUUAAAUUUGUUGAAACAAACAAAUUCACUGAAGUUGACGUAAAUUGUGAUGAUUAUGAUAUGUAUGAGAAGCUCGAAUGGAAGAUUGAGAUGUUGGAAGAACAGUUGUGCUGUGAUAUGGAUCUGGCGGAAGAUAUAGAUGGUGGGAAGAGAUUGUCCUCGACUCUAGCGAAGCCAAAGGAGUUAGUCAUAGAGUAUGCUGAGGCGCUACCGUACAAUUCUUUACCUGAAGCAUAUAUUGAACUAGAUAGCUUCAUGAGGAAUACAGUUAAAGAUGCUUUGGAUUUCAUCAAGGAGCAUAGAUAUGAUCCUACUGAAAUCUAUGGUGAAGAUCUAUAUGAAGAAUUCAAGAACAUUCCAGACCCAACUAUAGAACCAAAAUAUAUAUUCUCACAGUUUUUAUAUGUGUUAGAUCAAUUAGGUCCUUACGCAGCGGACAAAGCAGCAUUCUCACUCCUAUCAAAACUAGAAAAACUCAAAAUCAAAGUGCCAUACGAGAGACAUUUCAUUCUGCUAUGCCUUUGCACAACAGUAUUUGUAAAAAUGAGAUGCUACGCUGACCAAAUAUUCUCAAAAUAUGAAUCAGAUUGGGACAAAAUAAAAUUAUUCUCUACACCAAAGGUGCUCAGAUUUGCCGAAAUACUAUUCAAAUUCCAACCUCCAGAAUUGCAGAAGAGCAUAGAAGAGAAUACAGCGAAAAUGCUCAGCGAUUUAGAGAAAUGUGACUUUGUUAGUCUUGGGAAUAAAAUAGAAGAUAGAGUGAACAGUAUUGAAGCGAAUUUGAAAGAUCUGGAAGACUAUAGUGUUGGAAGCAAUACCAACGCUAAUGUAGAUAAAGAAACGAAUUUCGACAGUGCGAGAACAGAGUUAGAUAAGCCGGGAAGUGAGUUAGAUAAGACGGGUAGUAACUUAGACAAGCCAGGUAGUAACUUAGACAAGACGGGUAGUGACAUAGACAGUGUAGGUAGUAAAACGGAAGUGACUAGUGAAGUGCGUGUGAAUGAAAAAAGUGAUUUUGUGGAUAGUAGUGUUGUCAUUGCGAAGAACAGUGAUUCGAGUAGUAAGUUAGACACUACGGGAAGUACUAGAGAAUUUGGGAAGUAUGGGUUUUCUAGAAGAUCUGGGGGUAGGGUUAGGGGUAGGGGUCGAUCUCAGAGGGGUAAUUUGGCGAGAGUUCAACAGAUGCAGCAGAACCCGGAUGCGCUAUGUGGAAUAGUGUUUAUGAGAGAAGCUCUCAUGGCGAAGAUUAUGUUCAUGUUGAUUGUGGAUAUGUCACGAGCUCAUCCCAAGUUGUCUUACCUUUGCGCUCAAUACUGUGCAGUAGAGACCCCAGCUGACCCCGGUACUGAGCCCAAGGAGUGUCAGCGACAAGGCAAGAAGCAAGAGGAGGUACUGAAGAAGUUUCGUAUGCACGAAUGCAACUUGCUGCUGGCGACGUCAGCGCUGGAAGAGGGUAUUGACCUUCCGCGCUGCAACCUAGUACUACGCUGGGAUACGCCACCUUCGUACAGAUCAUAUGGUUUGUCUCGUGGUCGUGCGCGAGCCUCUAGAGCUUCCUGCGUUGUUCUGAGCCGUGGUGAUGGCACGUCGACUGAAGAAUUGGUCCAUAAUCUGGCUAUUUACAGGGAGUUAGAUCAGAUCAUCAGUAGGAAAUGCGACUGCGGCAUACAAGAUGAACCACCAGAAUCGGAAGAGAGCUCAGCUGAUACCGUCACAAUGGUCGUCAAACCUUACACUCCUCAAGAACUAGAUAAAACUUCGAAACAUAAUGAACAUAAACAUAAAGAGCACAUAGUCGAGAAUGCGAUGACAAAAGAACUUGACACUAAAACCAAUGAAGUCAAAAAUGAUAAUUCACUUGUAGAUCUUCUAAAACAAGUCACUAUCAGUGAAACUAACGGAAUAGAUGAAACUAAUCUUAGUACAAUAAACAAAGAACACAUUGUUGAACGAACAGAUACAAUUCUAAAAGACAACUUAAAAACAAAUGAACACAGCAAAAAGACAAGCGAUCUUAGCAAGAAGACAAAUGAAGACACCGAAAAAGAUGUAGAAUGCAGUGUUAUAGAAAACGAAUUGGAUUAUAUGAAAAUUGACGAAAAUAAUCUAGAUAGUGAUAUAAGUAAAAUUAUUAAUGAAUCAAUAGAAGAUUCCAGUAAAUGUGCCAAUAUGAACAUGUAUUGCAACAGGUGUAACAGUUUAAAAGUUAGUGAUAGUGUAGAGUGCGCUUGUUUGAUGCGAAGUGUCAGUAGUAGUGCGAGAAGGACGGAUAAUAAAGUGGAAAGGGACGGCAAGAAGAUAAGUGAUUGCGAAGUCGCGAGUGUGGACUUGAGCACUGCUAUAGCACUGAUUAAUAGGUACUGUGGUAAGCUACCAUCAGACACUUUCACGCGGCUGGCCCCGCAGUGGUGGAUGGAGAAAGUCCAGCUGCCCACACCAGGCUCUGAUUAUACUAGGACAGCAUAUGUGUGCACGCUGAGAUUACCACUCAAUUGUCCCGUUAAAUACAAUAUUGUGGGUCAUCCGAUGCCCACAAGGGUAUUAGCAAGACGUAUGGUAGCACUGCAAGCUUGCAGAAUACUACACAAGUCUGGUGAACUGGACAACCAGCUGAUGCCAAUAGGCAAAGAGAACUUUAAAGCGGCCGAGUUAGAGACUACUUUAGCUUGCAACAACAGUAACACUGAAACCACCGAUCCGAACGAUGCAGCGCGCCCUGGCAGCACGAAACGACGGCAGUACUACUUUAAGAAGACAGCGUGGGCGUUCACAGACUGCCAGCCAGUCAUAGACACGAAAGACUCGGAGAUAGACCCUCAGAGUGACGUCACGCAGACUGAGGAGGGAAACACCGAGCCUGUAAAAAAGGGUAACAAACGCAACAUGCUAUAUGCCAUAGUGUCGAAACUAUGGUGCGCUCUACCAGAGAGAUACAACACUAGGGGCAGGAGAUUACAUGCACCUCAACAUGCGAGCCAAGCCAUUGGGAUACUUAUGGCGAGAGAACACAACGAUGAUCUCCAGAUCCCAGCGUUCCCUGUCUACACUCGAUCAGGUGAAGUGAGGGUAUCUGUGGAAUACGUUCCUGAUGCUGACGUCAGGAUGUCCCCUCGGAGGGGGAGAUUGGUCAGGAGGUUCAUGCGUUUCGUAUUCGCGGAAGUUUUACGCGUGCGACGCCGCGGUAUGAAGCUGAGCAGCGAAGGAUGCACACAGAACAACUACUAUAUAGUGCCUACAGUUAGAAGUACUAGAGAAGAUGGAACAUCCAUAAUAGACAUAGAUUGGGCGUUCCUAGAGCUAAUAUAUCAGCAUACUGAAGAGAAGAAGCUAUCGGAACUGGAGAAACCCAUCCUGUGGAACCAAGAUGAAGAGGAGGUGGAACAGCCUGACAAAAAGGUGGAGAAGGAGAAAGAGCGAGAUGGAAAAGUGAAAGAGAUGGAGAAUCCCCUCCUAAAAGACGGCGAGGUGUUUGUGUUCGACGCAGAAAAGUAUAAGGAAGCAGUCGUGACUCCUUGGUACAGGAAUCAAGAUCAACCACAGUUCUUCCUAGUGGCGGAGAUAUGCUGGCACCUAACGCCGGACUCCGCGUUCCCUUCAGCCGCUCACACCAGUUUCCGCGCCUACUAUCUGCAAAAAUACGGGGCUAAACUCACGCAGCCUCAACAGCCGUUGCUGGAUGUGGAUCAUACUAGCGCUAGACUGAAUCUACUCACGCCGAGAUACGUGAACAGAAAAGGCGUCGCGCUUCCCGUGUCUUCGGAACGCACUCGUCGCGCCAAAAGGGACCGCCUUGACCAGAAACAGAUCCUUGUACCGGAACUGUGCAGAGUUCAUCCGUUCGCUGCACCAUUGUGGUUCGCAACGGUGGCUUUACCAUGCGUUUUGUAUAGAAUCAACGCCCUCCUCAUAGCCGACGAGAUACGUCGCGCCGUUGCCGUAGAAGUCGGUCUUGGCGUGCCCAAAAUAGACGAGGAUUCAUGCCCUGGCUUCACGUGGCCCCCUCUGGACUUCGGUUGGAGUCUGGCUGAGGUGCUUAGUGCUGACACUGAAAAAUGCGAUAAGAAGAAAGACGAAGAAGACAUAAAGAAGGAAGAGAAGAUAAUAGAGAACGGAGAACAGGAGCAGAGCGAGAUAGACGAUAGUCCGAAAGAGAUGGAGGAACCAGCGAAAGAGAAGACGAUCAAUGAUAUUCUGCAAGAGAAGGAGGAAGCAGAGAGUGGUUUCGAAAUAGGCACAUGGAGUAACGACAUGGCUUCCUCGAUACCUGAUGCUAUGGAAUACAACGAGUUUAUGGAGCCGUUGCCGCCAAACCUCACCUUCUGCACUUCCGCUUCGGGUGGUACUAACUGGUCUGAGCCCAUAGAGAAACCAAAGAGCCAAUACAAUCCCUCCAGAACGUUCUCUAUGGCGGAGAGCGACUGCUCAUACAUGUCUAGUGAUUUCGACACAGACGAUUCCGAUUUAAACUCUGAUAGCGACGAAGAUACGGAGUCCAGCGGAUUUUGGAGUAAAGGAUCUUUAGGCGUACGCAUAGAAUAUAAAACCGCUCACGAAGCGGAAGCGGUAGACGUAGAAAGAAAGAAAAAAGUUAACCCCGCCCCUCAACCCGAUGAAAGAGACGAUGAUAUCGAUAAACGGACACACUACUCUUGCAUUAGAGAAGGGAAUGCGCCUGCGCAGUACAUAGAGAAAUUCCGCAACUCAGUGUCAAAACACGAAACGGAAAUUGUGAAACAAGGCAACUUAGUGCCCCAAAACGAGCACAUUACCGACAUCUUACCAGAGACAAAGGACCGUAGACAACACAGCCAUCUUGCCAUAGACGAGAAAGUCUUAUCCAAUUUAUUUCCUUACGGGGAUGAAGAGUUAAAAACAUGCGACGGCCAAAUAACUUUGGAAAGCAUAGAGAAGAAUAAAAGAGUCUUGCUGCAUAGACUAAAGAGUAGUUUACCUAAAGAAGAGGUGAAAAAACUAAAUUGCUUUUCUAUGAUAGAUGUUGACAUAGAUUCGCCUAAUUAUGUUAAUGAGAAAGUGGCUAACGUAGGUUUUGAUACUAAAGAGUGUUAUAAGGAUAAGAUUAGUAGAUGGGAUAGUGUGAAGGAAUUCAAGUCGUAUUACAAUGAGGGUAGAGUUCAAGGGAAAGAGUUUGAUUUUGAUUACCAACCGCCGUUGGAAGGACACCCGGGGCCAAGUCCUAGUGUUAUUUUGCAGGCUCUAACGAUGUCUAACGCCAAUGACGGCAUAAACCUAGAACGAUUGGAGACUAUAGGUGACAGUUUUCUGAAGUUCGCUAUAACUGCUUAUUUAUACUGCGCGCAUCCUACCGUCCAUGAGGGGAAACUGAGUCAUAUGAGAAGUAAACAGGUGUCCAAUCAGAACUUAUACCGUCUAGGUAGAGCGCGUAGACUGGGCGCUAGAAUGACUGCCAGUAAAUUCGAGCCCCAUGACAACUGGCUUCCACCGUGCCAUAGACCGCCGCAUACUCAACACAGUAAGGAACAAAACUCGGAACAAAACACAAAUGUUCCCGAGGGAACCGUGGACAAGUCUGGAUGCUUCAUACCUUAUAAUCUUAUCACUCAACACAGCAUACCAGAUAAAUCAAUAGCCGAUUGUGUGGAAGCUUUGAUCGGGGCUUAUUUACUCGAAUGUGGACCUCGCGGUGCCUUACUAUUUAUGUCGUGGCUGGGAAUAAGGGUACUGCCCCGUCAUGUAUUACCGUUACCCGCGAAUCAUCCGUACGUGGUGGCAGAGGAAAGCCGUGUGCAGAAGAAACCCGAACCUCAACCGUCGAAACCCAACAACCGCGAUCCCACAGACUCCGAGUCUUCCUGCUCGGAAGAAGACGAGCCCUGGCAGCAGGAAGAGGAAGAUAUCCCACCGGAAGAGCAGUGGGGAUGGCCCGCCAGACCAGUGGGGUCCCUACGACCGCAUAGAAAUAACGACGGACAGUGGGUUCAGCCGAUAUUUGGUGAACUGAAGGCGCCGCCGUCGCCUCUGCUCAGGUAUAUAGAAGACCCAGAGGGGGAGCUCGAAAGGAUGCUAUCAGGUUACGACGCGUUAGAAAAGACACUACAAUAUAGAUUCAGAGACAGGUCGCUGUUGCUACAAGCGCUGACCCACGCCUCGCAUCAGACGAACAGGCUCACUGACUGUUACCAGAGGCUAGAGUUCUUGGGCGACGCGGUUUUAGAUUACCUGAUAACUCGCCACUUGUAUGAGGAUUCCCGACGUCAUUCCCCCGGCGCCCUCACUGACCUGAGAUCAGCUCUAGUCAAUAAUACUAUUUUUGCUACCCUGGCUGCAAGACAUGGAUUUCAUAAGUAUUUCCGUCACAUGUCACCGGGACUCAACGAAGUGCUGACCAGAUAUGUUAAAAUACAAGAGGAGAACGGUCACUCCAUCAGCGAAGAGCAUUACCUUAUACAAGAGGAUGAGAUGGAGCAAGCGGAAGACGUGGAAGUGCCCAAAGCGUUGGGAGAUCUCUUCGAAUCUGUGGCCGGGGCGAUAUUCCUGGACUCUGGUAUGUCAUUGGGUGCGGUCUGGAAGUCAUACGUAAACUUAAUGGGUGCUGAGUUGGAAGCUUUCAGCGCAGCCGCACCUAAAUCACCAAUCAGAGAACUUCUAGAAGCGGAGCCGGACACUGCCAAGUUUGGUAAACCCGAACGUCUAGCCGACGGGAGACGGGUUCGAGUCUGCGUCGAAGUAUUCGGUCGAGGCACUUUCAAAGGAGUCGGCAGAAACUACAGGAUAGCUAAAGGAACCGCUGCCAGAUGUGCCCUAAGACAUUUGAGAAUACAUAGAGCCAGAUAAACGAUGUUUAGAAAGAUGCCAAUCAUGAUGAGGAAUGUAACCGUGUACUGAAAAAUGAAUAAACUAAAUUGUGUAUCAUUUAUUUGCGCUUUCAUUUUCACUUAUUUU